UAGUCCAAUAAGGGAAGAAGGACAGAUAUGAAGGAAUGGACUUACGAGCCCAAGGCACCUUUUAAGAGGAGACAAACUGGAUAAAAAUAAAUGCGUCUGCGCACCAAGAGAACCAGGAGCCGGAGCUUCGGGUGAUAUAUGGCCGGCAGAGAGGAGCUGCUGUGACCGCGGUGGCUGACUUUUGACCGGACACUUCUGCUGGGCCCAGUUACGCAUCACCACCAGAGGACACGCUGUAAACAAGGCUUACAAGCGCCCGUGCACAUAGGUGGGACUUUUUCUUCAUUCAGCUCUCCGCAGGCAGACCUGCCUGUACCUGAAUCCACGAGCGUGUGGAGCCUUUAUCUCCUUGUGGCCCGACGUGGCCCCACCCUGUCUGAACCCUGCAGGUCCCAUCUUCCUCCAGCAUGACGGUUGCUACCAGCGACCCUGCGGAUGAAGCCGCAGCACAUCCGGGUCAGCCUCAUGACCAGUACGACCCAGAGCUGGAUCAUGAGUGCUGCGAGAGGGUCGUCAUAAACAUCUCGGGCUUGCGAUUUGAGACGCAGCUCAAGACCCUCUCCCAGUUUCCAGAAACGCUGCUGGGGGACCCCAAGAAGAGGAUGAGGUACUUUGAUCCACUCCGGAACGAGUACUUUUUUGAUCGUAAUCGACCAAGUUUUGAUGCUAUUCUGUAUUAUUACCAAUCAGGAGGGAGGCUGCGUCGGCCUGUUAAUGUGACCCUGGACAUUUUUUCUGAAGAGAUUCGGUUUUAUGAAUUGGGUGAGGAGGCUAUGGAAAUCUUCAGGGAGGAUGAAGGUUUCAUAAAGGAAGAGGAGCGGCCUCUUCCAGAGAAUGAGUUUCAGAGACAAGUGUGGUUGCUAUUUGAGUAUCCGGAGAGCUCGGGUCCUGCGCGCAUCAUUGCCAUCAUCUCUGUCAUGGUGAUUCUGAUCUCCAUUGUCAGCUUCUGCUUAGAGACAUUGCCAGUUUUCCGAAAUGAUGAUGAGGAGAUGUACAAUUAUCAGUUCCCAUCUAUGGCCAACGCCACCUAUACCUAUGACAGCUCAGCCUAUUUCAAAGACCCUUUCUUCAUCGUGGAGACUCUCUGUAUCAUUUGGUUCUCGUUUGAGUUCCUAGUUAGAUUCUUUGCCUGUCCUAGUAAAGCUGGAUUUUUUGGCAACAUCAUGAACAUCAUUGAUAUCGUGGCAAUCAUCCCCUACUUCAUCACCCUGGGCACAGAGCUGGCAGAGAGGCCAGAGGACGGCCAGGCAGGCCAGCAGGCUAUGUCUUUGGCUAUUCUUCGUGUCAUUCGUCUGGUCAGGGUGUUUCGUAUCUUCAAACUCUCACGUCAUUCCAAGGGGCUCCAGAUCUUGGGCCAGACUCUGAAGGCCAGUAUGCGAGAGCUGGGCCUCCUCAUCUUCUUCCUGUUCAUCGGCGUGAUCCUGUUCUCCAGUGCUGUCUACUUUGCAGAAGCAGACGAGGCAGAGUCCCAGUUCAGCAGCAUCCCUGAGGCCUUUUGGUGGGCUGUGGUUUCCAUGACCACUGUGGGCUAUGGAGACAUGGUCCCGACAACCAUUGGAGGAAAGAUUGUGGGGUCUCUCUGCGCCAUUGCCGGUGUGCUGACUAUUGCUCUGCCUGUACCCGUCAUUGUGUCAAAUUUCAACUACUUCUACCACAGAGAGACGGAGGGCGAGGAGCAGGCACAGUAUCUUAAUGUUCCCAGUGUGCCUAAAGCCAGCUCAGCUGAUGAUCUGAAGAAAAGUGGUCGGAGCGGCAGCGGGUCCACUAUCAGUAAAUCUGACUAUGUGGAGAUCCAGGAGGCUGUGAACCACAGCACUGAGGACUUCAGACCAGAGGGCAUAAAAACAGGAAACUGCACCCUUGCUAACACUAAUUAUGUAAACAUCACUAAGAUGCGUACAGAUGUAUAAUGUAAGCUUCUGUAGAUGGAUAACUUCAGCUGGGGUCUGUAACAGAAGGAUGAAGGUGUGACUCCCUGUUAUGACCAACGCAUGGCGCCCCGUGGGGAGUCCAGAGCAGAUGAAUGGGAUUAACUUGGAGAAAAGGUCAGUUAAGAGGACCUCACGUUCUCCCACAUCCUAUGGACCUAUCAACGCAUAUCAUAGAUUUGCCACCUGUCUUAUUUAGGACAUUGUCAGUGUCUGCAUGGAGUUAGUCUUACCUAUGUGACAGUAGUCAUUCUGCUCGCAACAGUAGCCAAAUAGUAGCCUAACCAGUAAUAACCAAUAUUAACAACAUAAAGGGACCACUAGUUUCUAUGUUCUUGCUCAAACUGCCGCUGGGAGAAGAUGCACGAUAACAACAAUUUAGAUCAGUGUAAUUUAUAAAUGUAUCUUAUUAACUUGUGAUCAAGAACAGGCCAUAAUAUCAGCAUUCUUGAACGACUUUAAUCUGCUGGCCUAACUGCCAAGGUCCUGACUCAGAGAAAAACAAAACCAACAUGAUCACAGCUGUUCUGUCAAGGGAAAACUGAAAUGCGCAACAAAGAGUGAGAGAGCGAGCAAUACUAACAGGCUUUUGGCCAAAUGGUCAUUUGUUGCUUUCUCUGUAAGAGUAAAAAGGCAGAGUGCACUAGCAUUCCUCCCUAGGCCUUCACUAGAUAUUGUCUACAACUUAGUGGCUUCUGUAACAGAUGUAUGAAAGUGCUGUGCUGUAAUUCUGGACCACGAUAGCACACAUUCUGUUUCCUGCCAUUUUUCUUCAAUGAAGCUUAGAUUUACAGUAUGUAUACUCUUGCCAAGACCUUGCCUUUUUUUGUUUCCAGCCAAUACAAGCUAGCAGGUGGACAGAAGAAAAGUCUCGCUAAACAGAGUGAAUGCUUAUUUAUUGUGAAUUGUUUUGUUUUGUUAGUCAUAUGAUAAAUGUCUGCUUCUCACCUACAUUUUUUAUGGAUACACGAUGUAGAAAGAUAGUGAAUAUUUUCUCUGCAGCGUUCUGAGUGAGUGCCUAUUCCUCCAUCCUCCUGACUUCAUAGCAUUCCAUGUUUGUAGAAAUAGAUCAAAUGAGAUUACGGAGCAAACUAGGAUAAGCUUUUAGUUUGACGUUUUUGCCAGAAGCUAAUUUCAGACAAGUUCAAGGGUUUGGCAGCAACGUGUAUGUAGGUCGUUUUUUUUUACUCUAAAAAUUAAAAAUGACAGUUUUUCUAAAGGCCCAUAACCAAAGGAAAAGCUCAGUGAUCAACUAAAAUGAAUCUAUGAAACCUUGAAAGUCAUCUUUUGUCAUAGCAGCAAUACCUGCUUUGUAUUUUUAAAAUGACAAGAAGCAAUGUCAGUGUUUAAGUCUACUGUAAGCUUGCUUAUGAUAUCCAGAAUCAGUAGGUAAAAUUGAUCACUCUUACCUAAUCAAACUGAUGAAACAUUUGAACCUUUCGUGCCCUCGUUCCCAUGUGUUUCUCCCCUUAAAAGGUCGAUCGUAAGUUGUUAAACUUUGCCUGCCUCUGGAACAAGUGUUGCUUGCUCAAUUAUUAGACCACCGAAGACACAUGCUGCCACCUGGCAAACUGUAUCUUGGAUUGUAAAAGAGAUAUAUUUGGUUCUCAAUUUUUGCUUUUCUUUGUGACACUCAUGCAGUUUUAACAUUCAUUCCAUUGGUGCAUUAUUCCCAUGUAAUGCAAUCCAAGGACAAGGAUAUAUGUCCUUCAUUAGCUUUUCAUCCAACAGAUGCUAUUCUGCUAUCGUAGUGAUGCAUGUCAUUUGAAGUAAUCAUUGUAGCAUGAAUUAGUAUGAAUAAUACUUAACAGGCAAACUGACACCAAUAUAUUCCUAUAUCUCUACUGCUGCUAUGUGCAAUAUACUGUAUGAAAGACAAGUGUCUCGCUUUUAGAAGUAUGUGUCAUGCUUUGCAUCUGCAUCUUCUUGCUGUUAUUAUCUGAAACAUUGUUGAGUCGUAGUCCCUGUGAAGUAUUUAUCCCAAGAGGGUUGUGUAUCCAUAAGAUCUGUUCACUAUCAUGAAUGUAAGGAGAAAGUAACAGCAGGUAAACAUGAGAGGAAACACGGAAGGUUUGAGUCCAAAUCCACUCCGACUCCAGAACAGGGAGAGCUAAAUGUGUCAUCCACAGUUAAGAUAUUAACUAAUGUCCCGCUCGCUCCAGUGUUGAAGUCUUUAUAGUCACUCGCAGUCACAACCCAGUCACUGUGUCUAACAGUGAAAGCACAACAACAGCUACUAUCUGCUGCCAGCCCAGUGAAUGCACAGAUUCAGACAGCCAGUCGGUUUGACUUUUUGCCCGACCAAGUGUAUCAUAAUGCUGCAAGGGACUGUCUGAGUGCGCUUAUCUCUGAUACAUAGGUCCAUCAUGCUCACUGUGUAGUGCUGUUUGUGCAUGUGUUUGUGUGCGUGAAUGAAAGAGAGAAGACGGAGAGAGAGGCAAAGAGAUAGUGAGAAAUAGAGAGCUUUUAGAUCAUCGCAAACUGAGCGUGUAGCUCUUGGAGACUAAAAGUUAAUCUGAAACACUGCUCUUCUUAACUCAAGGCCACUAUGGUUCUCUUUAUACUUUAUUCUAUCCUAGCACACUGUGCCUGUGUAUAUGUCCAACACAUACAUAUUAAACCCAGGCAACUGAAAGGAAUUUCCUGCCACACUCACUAGAUGAGAUCUAUGAGCAUGUGUUGACUUAUGAGAUACGCUGCAGUAUCAGCCAAUUACUUAAGGAAAUAGAGGAAAAUCGGAUAAGGAAAGUAAGAAAAACACUGCCCACACCCUCUUCUGCUGUUUAAUCUGAUGUGUACUUGUAUUUUUCUAAACUGUUCUUGUGUACCGGAAUACCUAUGUGACUUUAUGUGGCUUGAAAGCUUCCUCUGGAUUUCUGUUGUUUCCACUCUUGUUACCAAGCACACUAUUGAAGUGACACUCCGUCAAGACAAAAAACAAUCUCUGGGAGAAACCAACAGGACUGCACUCAGCACAUCAGGAUCAUUGGAGCUAAGGAAUACACAUCUCUGCUGUACUCCACAGACAAGAGGACACUUCACACAAACAAACACGCCAGACAAUUAAACACUUACAGCUGUGUACACACGUGCACACACACUGCCUGUGACGGACACUGUGGUUCUAUCGGACUUCAAGGCCACAAAGUGAAUGGACUUAAACCCACUGCUGGUGGUGAACACACGUAGCCAUGUAAACAAUGUAUCUAAGAGUUACAGUUGCUUUCAAUGAUGUCUUAAAAUGCCUAAAGCUUCAGCUUUAAAAUGAGCUUCUGCCAUGUACAGAUUCCUGUGUAGCAGGGAAUCAAAGUGUAUGCUUGCUGAAUUAACCCAAGAAGCUAAAGUUGUAUAGUAGAUGAGUUAUCUCUUAGGUUCGCUCCAGGGACAAAGGAUGGAAGUAUAAAUCAAAAAAGAAAUAUAAUUUCUAUGAGAACUUAUUUGUGUCAUCAGACACUGUAUAAAUUAACUGUUGUUUGUUUUUUUUCACUAUGUUUUUCUAUUUGAAUGUUGUUGUUGGCUUACCUUUGAGCCUCACAUGGUGCAGGGGAUGAGGUUUGACUGAAAUACACGUGCAGGCCUUGGUCAAAUAGAUUCUGUCCUUUCUGUCUUAAUACAUAUUUACCCCCAGACAACCACCUCCUCUUACUUUAUUUCCUCUACCACCUCCUACCACUAUUUGCCAGUCAAAUACUGUAUGUGUGUUUAAGAUUGGGAUAAUCCUCAGCUUCUUCACUCGCUGUCCCUAGCUUUUGCAGUCUCGAUACUCCGCUAUCUGUAUAAAGCCUGUGGAAGGAAAAAGACCUAUUAUCGCUAUGAACACUUCUCAAACCCUUCUUGAGAACUUCCAGUUGCUGUAUUCAACCUAUCCUUAUCUUAUGAAAAGUUCUGCACCAUUUUUCGUGUGUUAUCCAGCAGCACGACCAGGACCUGUUUAGGCAACAAAUCUACUUGGUUUGCUAUAGAAAAAGAUCAUGGUUUUGGUUAAAAUAAGUUCUUUUGAACUACUUGGUUAGGUUUAGGAAAAGAUGUUGGUUUGGGUUAAAAUAACAUGUAACAUAAUUAAUAAUGGUCUCCUGGGUGAAAGACCUGUGCUUGUUUCAAAUAACUGUUUGCUACCUAACUGCAUAAGUUAUGUAACAUGGGAUGUAACAGUCAUGACCCACCCUACUCUACCUCUGAUUGGCUAGUACUUGUUGCCUUCGUUGGUUUGGGUUGGAAAUGAUUAGGCAUGAGCAGCGCUAUUGCUUAAGGUUUGGGUAAGAAUAUAUGGAUAAGCCAGCCAGAGGUGGAGUAGGGCAGGUCACACCUUGGCCAUUAUAGGAAAAGAAAAAUAGCGCUAACAGGACGUUUGUUACAUAACUUGGGUUAGUAAGUUAGUCAUGUAAGUGAAAUUCGAUCUCCUGGGUGAAAGUCCUGUGUUUGUUUGACCCAUCUAUCCACCUCGACUUACUGCCAACACGGACUUUGUCGUUCUUUAUACUAGAUCACCUUACUUCUGCCUUUGAGAGAGCUCCGCACGUCCUGGCUCACGACUCAUGAUUAUAUGGGCUAUUUACAAAUUAUAACACAUUACUUUUCGUGGGUAUGAGUACGAACAGCAAAUGAGAACAGCGUGAGUGAUUAAUACAGAAUAUUAACAGAGAGAGCACUCGAAAUGCAAAUGUAAAUUACAUACCUAUUGACUACUGGUCUUCAUGACAAUAUCAAUAAUAACAUCAUUAUGAUUACCUCAAACUACUGUUGUGUCUUUUUCUUAUGUGAUGCAAUAGACUUUGUGAAGUCAAAAGACAGAUAGAUUGCAAUUCUAAUAGUGGAUUCAGACCAGUUUUAUUGUCAUGCCAGUCCAAACCAGCUUAUAUUUAUCUGUUAUGUUUUUCAUCAUAAUAUUAUACUUUGUAUAUUCAGAAUGCACAGAAUUGAGCAGAAAAUGACUCUUAAUGAUUGACGUGUAAAAACAGCAAUGUCACUGAGGCGUACAGUUUGUAAGAUAUGCAAUUCUUCUUUGAUGCUCUUGUAGCUAAAUAAAGCCAUGAGACAGAAAACCUAAGAGUUGCAUAUAAUGUAAAUUGAUAAAAGCAUCACUGGAGCUGCAGCUCUCAUGUCCAUUACAGAAGGUAUAUUUGAAUCGACUAUGAACCCUCACCAUCUCAAUGGUUUUGACUCCUGCUUCUGUCCUUGAGUGAAUCUUAUGCUUUCUGUGUUUUACUCAGAAAACAGAGUGGGCUAUUUAUAAAACCAGCAAGAGGGAAAGUGAGAAAACGAGAGAGGAGAGCAAAACGCUCCUGACUCGUAGUUCAGUGUAGAGUGGCACAAGUACAAACAUUCUCUGUAUCACUUCCUCUCGCUGCUGGAAAUGUUUGUCUCUCCUCUUGUUGUCUUUACCUUCUGCUCUUAUCACUGCUGCUUGAGUGUGAUCUCGCUUUUCCUCUCUAUUAUUCCCCCCUCUCAUAUUUCAUUUCCCACACAUUUUCUCUUGUGUUCAUCUCUCUCCUCCUCUGUCUCUCCACCAGUGCUAAGCACCAAAGUAAUGCACAGUGGGUGAUCUGAAUCUCCUCUCAGACAUAUAUUAGCAGGAGUAUAAUGCUCCCUCUGGGCCACCUCAGUUGGCUGGGUUCCGGUAUGCCAGCUAAGGACAAGCAGCCAGGCAUCCUGAUGGGUAUUGAUCCACUGAUUGCUGUUUGAUUAGCUACGUAUUAAACAGAAGCUUGGCUCAAGUUCUGUUUAAGCCAGCUGAUACAUUUCAUCUAUAUCACACAUGUGUGGGUAAUCCCAUUGAACAAUGUAUGCAAGAUUGUUCCCUGAUUUUGUUUUACUUGUGCUUUUAUUUUGAAGGCAACAUUUAUUUAAUGAUUUAAAGUGGCCAGAAGACAGUUAAUAAUAAAAUGAAUAUAUUA